AUGAUUUUUGAUGGAUUCAUGAUCGCUGGGACUAGCUUCACCACUUCCAAGAAGAUGAAAAUCUCAGUAACAUGGGAAAAAAGAACUCGGGACUUCUCGGAGGAAGAGUUGAUUACUUUCUCUGACGAGGAUGCAGUGGGCAUCACUUUACCUCACAAUGACAUGUUGGUUAUCACCAUGCUCAUUGGCAACUGUCGAUUGAAGCGUAAAGUAGUAGAGGAGAAGAGUCUCCUGGAGAAAAUCAUACCGGUAACAAGGACCCUUGCUGGCUUCAAUAAGUCAAGCGAAACAACUAAAGGUGAGAUUGAAUUACCAGUGGAAGCCAGAGGAAUCACCAAGGUGACAAAGUUCUAUAUAAUCGACGGUGAUAUACAAUACAAUGCAAUCUUUGGGAGGCCAUGGCUUCACGACAUAAAAUCAGUCCCCUCAACAUUGCAUUUGCUGCUCAAAUUUCCUACCCCAAAUGGGAUCAAGCAUAUUCGGGGAGAGAAGUCGGCGUCGAAGGAGAUGUUUGCCAUUAAGGAACCUGCAGCAAUUCAAAGUCCAUCUGUGCCUGACGAAUAG